CGAGUAACGGGCCUGCGGUCGUCACUUUUUAACGUGACGCGCGCGAUUUUCCGAAAGGUCGGCCGUGUCGGUCUCUGCGUCUCGUUAAGAGGCGCGAGAGAGAGAGAAAGAGAAGGGAGGAGAGGCAUCGCGAGAAACCGUAAUUGCCUGGUGUCAGUUAACGCGAGGGAGCGAGAGCGAGACGGAGAGCCGUCGAGUCCUCGGGUUAACAGAUCCACUCGUCAAUCAUAUGGCGAGAGAGGCGAGCGAGUCGUCAUAAAUUCCACAUCGCAGUUCCGUUCCGCCUCGUCUGCACUUUUCUGCACCCGUCGCGUGUAAGGUUGAGCCGAGCCGUCGCGAGAUUAAGACUGUCAGCGCGGAGCACGAGGCUCUCGGGGAAGGUGAGGACGAGUGCAGCCGAGAGGAAUCGAAUCGCUGGGACACGCGGGUGCGUACGAGUCAUUCGUUAGUUAAUGCACGCACAGCACGGCGGACGUCGCAUAAUCGCAGCUACAAGUAUGUUUUUUGUUGACUGGCUCACCGGAGUGCUGAGUUAUCUCGGAUUAUGGAGGAAGAGCGGCAAGCUUCUCUUCUUGGGUUUGGAUAACGCGGGCAAGACAACGCUGCUUCAUAUGCUCAAAGACGACCGUUUAGCUCAACAUGUACCCACGUUACAUCCAACAUCUGAAGAAUUGUCUAUCGGAAACAUGAGAUUCACAACUUUUGAUCUCGGCGGUCACACUCAAGCACGUCGCGUUUGGAAGGACUAUUUCCCGGCUGUCGACGCGAUAGUGUUCCUCGUCGACGCGAGCGACAGGAUAAGAUUACCAGAAUCAAAGGCCGAGCUGGAUGCGUUGUUAACUGACGAGCAACUUAGCGCGUGUCCGGUUCUCGUGCUAGGUAAUAAAAUCGACAAACCACUCGCGGCUUCUGAAGAUGAACUCAGAAACUUCUUUAAUCUCUAUGGACAAACAACAGGAAAGGCUAAAAUUGCCCGCAGCGAAAUACCUGGCCGUCCGUUGGAACUGUUUAUGUGCUCAGUCCUGAAGCGACAGGGAUACGGGGAAGGCUUCCGUUGGCUCGCACAGUAUAUCGAUUGAACGUAUAUAUUAUUAUACAUGACAAGAGAUUCUCAACAGUUUCAUCAUACAUUUCCCUUUCCUGUUGGUAACGGCGCCGCUACCGGAACUGUAAUCUUCACACAUGAAUUCAGCAGUAGGAGAGGAAGUAUCGUUUCAUCCGAAAACACAAAACUAAAAAAAAAAGAACAGUAACCGAAAUUUAAGACGAUUUUCCCAAAUAGAGACACGAGACGAAUAUUCUCGAGAACAUUGUACGCGCGGGGGAUAGGACAGAUUUCCUUUCUUUGACGUUGGUACACGAAAAUCACAGCAAACGUCAUCUCUUUUCCUCAAUACUUCGAGCCCUAUACGGAUUUCCCAUUCUGUGGGAACUUAUCAUUUUGCGAGUCACAUUAGGGGAAUGAUCAUUGAUACGUGCUGAAGAAUGAAAUAAAAAAAAAACAUUUUGAUAAAAUAAAACUAAUAAACUAUUUAAGAAUUCCAAGUGUUUUGUAGAUUUAUUUUUGGUGAUUUCUUUUUAGUUUUCUUACACGCAAAAAAGAAAUCUGUUGUAACGCAGAGUAAUAUAGGCAAUCGUCGUGGCUUUUGAAAACUUGAGAGCUUACGGUACGCAAUUUCUUUGGAAGUUGGAUUGAUUUGUUAACUGGUACUGUCUCUACAUGUGCUCUUUGCUUUUCUUCUCGUUAAUUUAAAUUGUAAUUAAAAUCGUCAAUUGACACUGCUGAACGCCGUUCAUUAUAUUAUAUUUAGUUGCUGGUGUUUAAUUUUUUUAUGUUGUAUUUUUACUACAGUCUUAUAUUUGUGCCAACAUUUUGUAUAUAUUUUUUGAAAAACCACUAUUCAUGGAACGUAGGAUACGUACGAGUAAUCUGUUCCUUUUGGAAACGGUUACGAAAAUCUACUAAACCAAUUGAAAUUAUUAAAUAGAACGAUUACAUCAUUUCUUAGCAAAUUGUUGAAUUGCUUAUCUCAGUUAUAGCUGAUGUAUUAAAUUACUGUUAUAAGUUGAAACUGUUCACAAAUAAUGUAGAUAGCGGGAAAAUUUUGUUAAUUUGUUGAUGGUGAAUCUAGCUUAAUAAAUCUUGGAGUUGCUUCCAAAAUAAAAAAAUCAAAGUCACAAA